AUGGCACCCCCAAGAGCUAGGAGCAGAGCAAAUGCCACCGAGAUCAGGAAGCAGUUUUGGAAGAGGAGCACCAAGCUGCCAGGGAGCAUCCAGCCUGUGUAUGGAGUACAGCACCUUCCUCUGGACCCUCAGCUCAUCAAAAAUUUCAUUAAAAAAUGGUCAAACGUUAACACAGUUCUGAAAAAUAAAGCCUCCAGUUUUCUUGAGUUUGCCCAGAAUACCGGAACCCACUCCACAAAUAGCAGGCACUCCCUCUCCAAUACAUCGUCCCUCUCGUUGCCCAGAUCUCAGACCAGAACACUUCUGAAACCCUCCUCCCAACCCCCCACAACUGUCUGGGAGAAAAUCUACCUAGAAAAAUUCAGUCAGCUUCUCUCCAGCCACAAUACUGACUUGGAUGAGCUGCGGAAGUAUAGCUGGCCAGGGGUUUGCAGGGAGGUUCCACCUGUAACCUGGAGACUCCUGUUGGGCCAUCUCCCAGCAAACACCGAGAGGAGGAAGUUGACCUUGCAGAGGAAGCAGGAGGAAUAUUUUGGCUUCAUUGAACAGUAUUAUGACUCUCUAAAUGAGAACCAUCAUCAGGAUACCUGCAGACAGAUUCCCAUUGACAUUCCAAGGACAAAUCCUCUUAUUCCGUUGUUCCAGCAACCACUUGUACAGAUCUUUGAAAGAAUUCUAUUUAUUUGGGCCAUCUGACACCCUGCCAGAGGGUAUGUCCAGGGAAUUAAUGACCCGGUCACUUCAUUGUUUAUUGUCUUCCUCUCAGAAUAUGUGGAAAAGGAUGUGGAAAACUUGGAUGUGACCAACCUGUCUCAGGACAUUCUGCGAAGCAUUGAAGCUGACAGCUUUUGGUGCAUGAGCAAGCUGCUGGAUGGGAUCCAGGUAAACUACACUUUUGCACAGCCAGGGAUCCAGAAGAAGUUCAAGGCACUGGAGGAGCUUGUUAGCCAGAUUGACAGGCAGGUCCAUAAUCACUUCAGAAGGUACAAGGUUGAAUACCUACACUUUGCCUUUUGUUGGAUGAACAACCUGCUCAUGUGGGACCUUCUUCCUUGCUACAACUUCCGCCUGUGGGACACCUACCAAUCUGAACCUGAAGGAUUCUCCCACUUUCAUCUCUACAUGUGUGCAGUCUUGAUUAAGUGGAGGAAAGAGAUCUUAGAUGAAGAGGGCUUUCAGGGUCUCCUCAUGCUGUUACAGAACCUACCUACUAUAUACUGGGGCAACAAGGAGAUCGGGCUGCUGCUCGCUGAGGCCUACAGACUCAAGUACAUGUUUGCCGAUGCCCCCAGUCACCACCAUCAAUAGGUGCUGUCUACCCCUGGGGACCCAGACUGCCCCCACUUCUGAUGGCCAUCUGAUCACUGUGGCCACUGUACAAGCCAUGGACCCUGGCCAGGAACUACUCCUGCUGAGAAAAGUUCACACUUGCUGCCCAGGUCUUAACUCUUUGGCAUCCACCACUCCAUAUCUCUGGAUGUGUCUCUGGGACCACUGUCAGUCUUCUAUGUCACGUGGAUGGGCCCAGCUCCGGGAGAAGGAGGUACAGUGUUGUCUGCCUCUUUAAAAGAAACUGGACAAAAGAAGGGGAAGGCACAGGGCCUGAAUUUCCAUUGUCCCUACGUGGACUUACUGUCUCUUGCCUCCAAGUCCCAGCUGAUGCUGUUGCUUUCCGUGACAUAGUUUAAUUUGAUCACAGGUCAGAAACAUCAAUUCAAUACUCCUGGUUUCUUUGCUCUCUCCCUAUCCUAGCCCUUCCCCUCCUGCCUUUGUCUGAACCAGGGAGGGGCUGCGUUGGAGAACCUUAGUCCUCAGAUGAAGGAGGCACUGAUGCUUAUAACUGGGAGGAGGCCAACACCCAAGGGCUAGGAAUUCUGUUUUAUUUUUCUCACUAGGUGUGUGUGUGUGUUUGGGUGUGUAUGUGUGUCUACAUGACCAUCAGCAUUUAGCCACAUGUCUGAAUCUCUGAGUCCAGACUAGUCCCAUCAGAACCUGCUGGGAAGGGCAAGGACCCCAGUGACCAAGUGUGUAAGCAUCUCUUGAGAAGGAUCAGGGCAGGGGAGGGCUUUUUACCUCUCCAAAUCCCUUUUCCAUGAUGACCUACUCCAAGAUAUUAUGUGUAAAUUUUGUUCUUAUGCAUAUGGGUAGAGAUGUACAAAUGCAUGUGCUCUUUGUAGCAGAUAUAAUUUUAUAUUUAUAAUGUGCAUCAACCUGUGAAAGCAAUCUAGGUCACUAGCACAGAUGAAAUUGUCAGACAGGUGGCUUCAGCACCUCUAGUUGGUUUCUGGGUGUCCUGCCAUGAGGGAAAUGGAGUGGUGUCUGAUCAAGUGAGCAUGGCCAGGCAGGCACAGCCUCCUUGAGAUGCAGAGGCAGCCUUCCCCAGCAUCAGUGUGCACUUUUUUCUCUCCCCUUCUCUCCCUUCACUCCUCCCAGGCCUUCCGGAGCAUCUACCCCAUCCUUCCUCCUCUACACCCUUGGCAGCCUCCCCAAGAAGGUACUGAAAGGUAGAAGCACAUUUUACGUGUUUUUAGGCCCUGCGGUUCCCCUGAAUCUGGAGAAGGCUUUUGUUUUUAAAUUUCUAAGUCAGUAUUGUAUUCAGGACAAGCUUUGACUGACUAGUCAGUGCCAAGGAAAGGUCCUCAGUUUGGGGGCUCUUCUCAGCAUUCGGUGUCCCUCCUGUCACCGUCCCACCCCGCGCAGCUCCUGUGCUGUGUGGCCCACAUUUGACUGGGUUUGGUGGUGGAGAACUGGGGGGACAGGACCAGCAGUGUCAUCCUUAUGGGAAGCCAAGCAGUCCCCAGUGGGUGAUACCCUUGAGUCUCCUUGACAGUGAGGCCCCAUGGCACCACACCCAGCCAUGAGUUAGGCUUCUCACCUGGAGCCCUCCUUCAACCAGACUAACAGUUAUGGGGCUGGCAGGCUCACUGUCUCUGUCUGGUCAAAAUAAUAAAAUAAUA